CUUCCUCUGAUAAACUUCCAGGAGAGCUAUCAGACCUAGUUUUCAGAAAGCCUGAGGUCAGAAGCUCCACUGAGAGGAAGGCCACAGGAGCCAGAGUGUGUGCAAGGGCUUUCAAGCCUCUGUUACUUGAGUGGUAGCUGUUUCUCGGCUGAGUGGAAUGUUCCAGUACUUGUUUUUCUGUAUUUGCUUCAUCAACCAGUUGCAGCCAGUGUCUUCAAUGGCCCUGGACCCCUGCUCUGCCUACAUCAGCCUGAAUGAGCCCUGGAGGAACACUGAUCAUCAGAUAAAUGGAUCCCAUGGGCAGCCAACCUGUGACAGUCAGAUCUCCGGGGAGUGGUAUCGAUUCACUGGCAUGGCCGGUGAUGCCAUGCCGACCUUCUGCAUCCCGGAGAACCACUGUGGCACCCACGCUCCCAUCUGGCUCAAUGGCAGCCACCCACAUGAGUCGGAUGGCAUCGUCCCACGCCAGGCCUGUGCCAGCUUCAAUGGGAACUGCUGCCUCUGGAACACCACCAUCGACGUCAAGGCCUGUCCCGGCGGGUACUACGUGUACCGCUUGGCCAAACCCAGCGUUUGUUUCCAUGCCUACUGUGGGCAUUUUUAUGACAUCUGUGAUGUGGUGGAUUGCCAGGACUCCUGCAUGGAUACUGGUGACUGCAUGUGUUCUCCAGGGACGACUCUGGGACCUGAUGGACAGACAUGUCUUGAUGAAAAUGAAUGUGAGCAGAACAACGGAGGCUGCAGUGAAUUUUGUGUUAACCUGAAGAACUCUCACCGCUGUGAGUGCGGGAUCGGGCGCACCCUGGGAAGCGACGGGAAAACCUGUGAAGAAAUUGAAGGCUGUCACAAUAACAAUGGAGGCUGCAGCCAUACCUGUAUUGAAGUGGAAGGCACAUACCAAUGUGAAUGUCCAAGGGGACUUGUUCUGUCAGAAGACAACCACACUUGCCAAGUUCCGGUGCUGUGCAAGUCCAGCUCUAUUGAAGUGAGCAUCCCAAAGGACCUGGUUGGAGGCCUGGACCUUUCCCUUAUCAACACUUCCUGCAAAGGAGUAUCCAAUGGCACCCACGUUAACAUCCAUUUCUCCCUGAAGUCCUGCGGCACUGUUGUGGACGUAAUAAAUGAUAAGAUUGUUGCUACCAAUCUGGUGACUGGUUUGCCAAAGCAGACUCCAGGAAGCAACGGGGACAUCAUUGUCCGCACCAGCAAGCUGCUGAUCCCGGUGACCUGCGAGUUCCCGUGCCGCUACACCAUCUCUGAGGGUUAUGUGCCCAACCUCAAGAACUCUCCCUUGGAAAUCAUGAGCCGCAACCAGGGCAUCUUUCCCUUCACUCUUGAGAUCUUCAAAGACAAAGAGUUUGAUGAACCUUACAGGGGUGCUCUUCCUACCCUCAAACUUCGGGACUCUCUGUACUUUGGGAUUGAACCCUUGGUACAUGUCAGUGGCCUGGAGACACUGGUGGAGAGCUGCUUUGCCACUCCCACUUCAAAAAUCGACGAGAUCCUGAAGUACUAUCUGAUUCAAGAUGGCUGUGUUUCUGAUGACUCAGUGAAACAGUACACUUCAAAGGACCAUCUUGCCAAGCAUUUCCAGGUUCCUGUGUUCAAGUUUGUGGGCAAAGACAACAAGGAGGUGUUCCUGCACUGCCGAAUCCUCGUCUGUGGUGCCCUGGACGAGAGCUCCCGCUGUGCCCAGGGCUGCCGGCGGCGGAUGCGCAGGGCGGCUGGGGAGGAGGAAGAGGAGGAGGAGGAGGAGGAGGAGGAAUCCGGUCACAUGGCAAACCACAUCCUGACAGGAGGUCCCAUCAGAAUCGACUUUAAUGAAUAGCACCCACCCACAGCACCUCUGCCUGAGAGCAGCUCUCGUCAGUGCCUUCUUUCAUGGUUGGUUGAGGAAUAAGUAUUUGCUAAAGCCUCACAGGACUCAUUUCCCUCCCUGCACGAUGAUUAUUUGUGAGGGAUGUUGGGCCCUCAGGACAGCCCUCUGAAUGCAUCCUGGACUGCAGAACAUUUUGAUUUUACCUGCUUUUCUUCCCAACAAGCCUUCCCUUGGAGAGGGACCUUGUUGCUUUGCAGGCCUGAAGCAUUACCCAACUUUGUCUUUCCCCACACCCACCUGCAGGCUCCAGAGGACUGUCUGUCCUUGACUACACAAAUUAUUUGAGCCCUUCUUUUGUCAGACCAUGCAAAUCGUAUCAUAGCUGAACAUGUUUGCUGUGCAGUUCUGUGAAUGAUUCUGGAUGACUGUUAAUAAAAACAUGCAUAAAAAUAUGUAUCUCACAA